AAUGUCGUUAUCCUCAGUGUAAUUGUCAGAUGAUCAGUUUUGUGUUCUGUUAGUGAGUCUCACCUUUUGGUUUAUUAUAUAGAAAGGUUCAAUUGUUGGGUUAUGUUCUGUUUUGUUUGCUUAUUUGCAUGUCUCAGCUUGGAUCUACCUCUUUACGGCUAACACACACAAGGACAUUUUUUACGAGAGGUUGCAGGAACAAGGUUCUUUCUGGCAAGACUAUUUCAUACGUUACAAUAACCUAAACAUGGGAAGAACUCCUGGGAAGAGCUUAUAGGUCGCUGCCACUACAGCAAUUUUAAGUGAAGUAAUUACAUCCACUUUCAUUUUCUGGCCAGAGCGUGACACAAUAGUUGUUGGACCCCACACAAGAAGGUUUACCACAGAGAUUAUACUCAGAUGACAAAGCUGCAAAACUCCCCAACCAGACCCAUUGGAAGAUUUUGUUCUUGCAGGGCAGGGAGGAUGAAAUGAUCUGCCUCUCCUUGAAGAGUAGCCUGUAGAUCCCCUGUUUUUUCUGCAGAACCCUGCUCUCUCAGCUGUUUCCUCUCAAUAAUUAGACCCACCUGUGAUAAUUCUACUAAUCAUCCUCUGGAAGAUUUGGUGAGAAAUGUGACGUGAAAACAAAAAUAAACUGAAUGUCCAUCUUUUCUUGAAGACAAAAACAGAAAAAGGUCUGGAUACAAAGAAAACCAAAAGCUGAAGGCUCUGGUUUGACGCAAUCGUGAUGACGUCUUACGUACAACGUAUAUUAAGCGUUGGGGAAGACGCACCAAGUCAGACGGACGGUCACGGACCAAGGUUCUGAGACGAAUCAGAAAAGGCGUUUUUCUUUCACUGACAGAACCUACAACACGAUGGAGAACGGACAAGUGGAAAAGCUGGUGAACGAUACCAGCAACGGUACCAAGCACCUGGACUCCAAUUUGAACUUGGAUUCAAAGAGCAUGAAGGACACGGUGGAGUUCAGACUGAUGAUGGCCUAUCCUCAGAGGAGAAGGCCGAGGACGGAGAAGGAGAACGGCCCUGUCAUUAAGGACCAAAGCCCAGGCUUGGACCAAGAACCACCUCAGACACCAGAGAAGACUGAAAAAGAGGAGGGAGGGAAGAAAAAGAGGAAAAACAAGACCAUUAGGAGGCAUCUGAAGUCCAUCCUCAGGUGUGUCCGGCCUCAGACAGAUGAUGCAGAACCGACACCGACGCCAGCUAUGAACCGCAUCGAUCCCGGCUUCCGAUGUCUUCAACACCCGGUCAAAGAUGAGGAUGAGAUUGAGGAUGAGAUGAGGGAGUUGGCGGACCAAGUGAUCAGGGUCGUCAACGAAAUUCAGUUCACUUCAGUUCGAAAUUCGGAAGUGGAGCUGGAUUCGGGUCCGGAUUCGCGUCCGGAUUCGGUUCCGCUAGACGAUGAUUUGGAGAAGGUGAUUGGUUUGCUGCUGCGGGAGGACGGAGACCGACUGAACGAGAAGUUUGAUCUUGCCCACAUAGCGACAGAGCUUUUCUACGACUACAACUUCUUCAGGAGGCUCCUCAACACUUUCCUUGUGAGGAUAGGUUUCAGGAGUGUAAGCCCUGAUUCCCUGGAACCCCAGGCAGCCAACAGGACCCAGAUCGCUGCCACCUGUGAGAUAACGAGUCGUCUGUCCUCUGUGGCGGCGCUGCCCAAGAACCGGUUACUUCAACACGGAGCUCAAUAUCUGCAGGAAUAUUAUUCUGCAUGGGCUCAGGAGCAAGGCGGAUAUGAGGCGGUCUUUCACGAUGAGGAGGAAGUUGACUGACAUGCAGCAAUGCGACAAGAAGAAAUAUCUGACUCAGGACAUUCAUUUCUUGACAAACAUUCAUUAUUGUACAGGGAGCAUUAAACCCCUUCCUAUGUUUACAAAUGUGAACCAUCAGGUUCUCCGCUGAGACCAAACCGAUAGAGGAAAUUAUUUUUGCACAAAUGUAAUGAGAAAGCAGUUGAUUUGUUUUUUUUGUACCAACUAAAGGAAUUGUACCAACUAAAGGAAUUGAGAUAUAAAUAUUUUUGUAGUUUUUGACACAAUAAAUCUCCCACAUUUGCACUUUAAAAAAAAAGAA